AUGACGGCGAUCGAGAAGCUGCCCGAGGAGCUCUUGCUCUGCAUCCUCGAGCACGUCGACAACCCGGCGCCUUCGACCCUCAAGAACAGACACGAGCCGAGCCUAGAGCUCACUAGCUCGCACGUGCGGCCCUACAAGGAGGUCUCGCUCGUGUCCCAACGAUGGCGGCGCAUCGUCUUACCACUCCUUUUCAAGUUCUCGCGUCUCCGUCUCCACGUCUCUCCGGAAUCCCACUGGUUAGCUUGUGAAGUGUGCGGCGAGCGAUCGGAAUUCCGACAGGGCAGCUCCUCCCUGCCAAGCAACAUCGAUGCACAUCACGCCGCACUCUUCAAGCACGCACGUGCAGUCGGCGAUGGAAUUGCCAUAUCAUGUGGAACGUCGGAGGAAAAGCUAGCGGAGGACGCAAGCCUGCAAUGGGCCGGUCGCUUCUACCAUUGUCUAAAGGACUUUUUGGUGUUCGUACAGGCCAAUCAGCUCUCCUCCAGCAUCCACAGCUUCGUCCUCAUGACGGACCAAACCUACGAGCAGGCCCAUGUCCGCUUCCCUCACCAAGACGCCACCACGAAGGAUCAUCGGUACAGAGCAUCGGCGGAGCUUUGGCACCACCUGUUCUCCGUAAUUGACCCGGCUCGCGUUGUGCUUGUUGCACCGCCCUCUGAUAUGGCUGCCCUGACGAAUAGUGCCAUUGACCGUUUCGGUAAGUAGACCGCUUGAUAUAUCAUCUUCCACCCUGCUAAUGCCAUCUUCUCGAGAUGCCGUAGGCGCGUGGGCCUUCUCCGACAUGAACUUUCACAUCCUCGAAGUGAGCACUCAAAAGCAAGGUGAUGUCUCCACGGCGGGCCCGGCCCACCCGAGUGCACUCGACUUCUCGGAGUUAUCAUACGAACCGCAAGGCUUUCCAGGAGUUGCCGAAUCCAGUAUCCUCAACAUGCGGAGCUGGAGUCAUCUGGCGCUCAACGAGGGUUCUUUCCUGAAGGCUUACGGGACAUACGAAUACUUCGAGAGAGGUCCACCUUCGCUUAUAUUCUCUAUCAAGUCCUGCAUAGCUUCCAAUACGCAAGACUCCCCGUCCAGACCAAAGCGCCGGACAAAGCUGGAACAUCUUCGCUCGGUGACGUAUACCGCGCUUUUGCCGUUUGCGGGACAUCUCGACUUUCGUGCAUUUUUGCCUUAUAUCGACGAGCUUGACGUGAUGAUUGCGCCCGGACCAGAUUCGAAUAUCCUCAACGACAAGAGUCGGGUUGGCAAAGCGGAAUUGGCAGAUUGCUGGCAAGAGUUCUCUUCGGCUUACCAUGUCAUCACGAGACCCUUCAGAACCUUCGACAUACAGCCGGAUGGAAUGCCGAAACUCCAACGGUUUGUGUGCCGGGACCUGUGGCUCCCUGCGCUCCAGGAGGAUUUGGAUCACGUUUUCGUACCUCUUUGCUUACCAGUCUGGGCAGAAAUGGAGCCUGGCGUCUUUGUGCGGCAACAAGCAGGUCCGCCGGAGCAUCUCUGGAACGGCUGA